UAUGGUUGUACAAUUAAAAUCACAGCUUUUACAAUCCCAGCUCAGGACAGAUUCCCAAAUUCUUCAGAGUGAUUGUACCUCUUGUACCAGACUUAAUAAAACAUGGAACUAUCACAGGCCAACCUUGAAGAGUCAGCUUCUCAUCAUCAAAACUUAAAAAACCUGUUGUCCUGCCCUAUUUGCUUGGAUUUAUUUGUCUCUCCGUCCAGAACAAAGUGUGAUCAUGUGUUCUGUAAGUCCUGUAUUGAAGAUCAUAUAAGAAAAGGCAAAAAGAAGAUUCGCUGUCCACUCUGCAACACUCCUGGUCUUAAUAAAAGAGGAUUAGAGAUGGAUACAACGAUGUCUCAGUUGGUAGAUCUCAUGAAAAAGUUAAUCGAAGCAGAACGAGAAGAUACCAACGGAGAGAUUGACUUCAUGAAUGUUAGGGUUCGAAGAGUUGGUUCCAGAGAGAGUAAUGGAAGUCCUUUCAAACCUGGAGAAUCCAAGUGGACUCCAGUCAAAGAAAAACUUACAAAGGCAGGGAGAGAAGUCUGGCACAAGAAUAAGCGAGGAACAGCUAAAACUUACUCAAGAGCUAGAAAAGAUCGGUUCCAAGACGAGGGUAGUCAAGUCUACCCUGGAGAAAGGGUCGAGGGGGACCAGGACACCUUCAUACUCCAGGCAGAGGACAAGGCUAUUCAACUUCCGCUGGUGGAUAAACAAGACAUGGUUCAACAUUGGCUAACAGAUGAGAACAGAAUGUCCGGUAAGUUUGUUGACCUCUCAAGUCAGCCUGCCGAUUUCAGGGGAGAAUCCACCCCCCAACCUUCAACUUCAGGGGAGACUGUGCCCUCACCCGACACCCCUAACAUAACCCCUCUUCCUUAUCCAAGGAAAUUCUUUAAAACCCGAGGAGUUACACCAGCUCUGUCAAAAAAACUACUGACAUCUGUACCAACACCACCUUCAAGCAGUGCAGGGAUGGGUAGAGGGGCUCCACCUUUAACCAGUGCAGGGAGGGGCAGAGGACGGGGAAGAGUAAGUGCAAGUGGCCGAGGGAAGAAAAAAUCCUCCAGUCCUGUCAACCUUCCGAGCUCCUCAUUUGAUAUAUCGCAGGAUUUGCCAACGAUAAGCCAGGCUGUAGAUGUGAACAAUACCUUUGAUAAACUUUUCACAGAUAAAAUUACAACAAAGCCGCCCCAGCAGAAUAAGAAGAGUACAGCUGCUGGUCAAGCUAAACAUAAACCUGGAAUAUUCUGGUCUCAAGUCUCCGACCUAGACUCUAGCUUGGAACUCUUAGCUCCGGAUACUACAGAGACUUUGAUACACUCGCUCAACUCUCCGAAUAUACUAGCUCCGACUGGUUUGGAUGAAGAUGAACGAAGGAAGAAGUAUUCGGGGAAAACUCUGACAGAAAUGCUAGAGGAAGGAUUGAAAGCAGAAAAGGAAGAACGGGAGAAAAGAAAACGAGUCUCGUGGCAGGAUACUCCCAAGGAAAAUAAGAAUUGUGUUGUUCAGGAAGUUGAGAAUAAUAAUGCCGAGGAUAAAGUUGAAGAGGUAACUGUGGUUCCAGAAACACCUCUUGACAAACCCCCAAAGCUUCCUUUAUCCAAGACUAAUCUGAUCUCUGAAAGCUUUGAGAGUCUGCAGAAACCUGGACAUCCAUCCAAUCUAGAGACUGAAUCCUUCCCAAGUAUUAUCUCCGGGUCCCAGGAGGAUACCAACAGGAGUUUGAGGAAAUCCUUCCUGCUAGAUGUUGAUACUCAGGAACUCAAGGAGAAUGCGGAACCAAUGGAUACUCUAGAACUGAUUCAAGAGCUCUCAAAUUCAGAAAAUAAGGAAAAAAGGUUUGACGGAACCGCUGUCAAGAAUUCUCGACUAUCUCGGAGGAAAUACAGAACAGACGAUGUGUGCAGUACUCCCGGGAAAUCAAGCGUUUUUGAAAAGGAAAUCAAGUCUCCUUUGCCAGAAAAAGCAAUCGAGUCUCCUAGAAAAUCGAGUAGAUCCAUGGAUAAAAGCGAAACCAUCAAAAAAGUCGACUCUCCCGAAAAAUCUACGAAUUCUAAAAGUCCUGAUAAAAAGUCCAAAUCUUUAUCUCCUGUAAAUACUGCAAAUGUUGAGGCAAACUCCAUAUCUCCUCUUGAAUCUAAUAUUGAAGAUAGGAAAACAUCUUUAUCUCGCGGGAAGUCUUUCCAGUUAGAGAAAGAAACGUCUGAAUCCAGUAAGUUAAACGAAAAGUCCCCGGAGAAAUUGAACCAAGGAGAUGAGACGAGGAAUGGUUCAACCACCAAUACGAGAUCAAAGAUUCACGAAUCCCCUUCUAAUAGAUCUUACAUCAGAAACAAAACGACCACUACUCCAUCUAGAAAUCCGAGAACAGCUUCCUCAUUAAGAAGUAUUAAAGUGUCCACACGACUAUCGCAAGGAGCGUCUUCUGCGAUAUCUCAGUCCCCUAAGAGCAGCACACCGAGGAGUAAACACAGGUUCCUCAAGAAAUCUCCGAAACGUCUGAACAAAAAGGGGAGAGUGAAGUUUAAUCUGUUGGGACGGAUUAAGAUAAGUCCUCGUAAAUCAACAAGAGAGAAGGUGUGUUCCUAUCUUCAACUUGGACUCCUGGCUUCAAACAUACCAGUUGCUCCAAGUCUGCGUGCACUUGUCCAGAAAAAGAGAGAACACCAGGGCCAUGUGGAAAUCAAUCAACUGCAAAAGGUUGAAAGUUGGUUGACUAGACUCGAGACUGGAUCAGUGCUUGGCACUGUAGAGGAUCAACCUGUUGUAAAGACUAGAGAAAUUCUAGGCAAAUCUGUAGAACACAGACUGAGUCAGAUAUUCGGGAAAAGGGCAGAAGAGGAGAGGAGUGUAUGUGCCGAAGGUGUAGGUCCUAAUCUACUUCAAAGACAUCUGAGCACCAUAGAUGAUGAGCAGCUAGUCACCAAACUAAAACCGGUGGAUGGUGAGAAUGAUGCAGAACCAAGUAAACAGAUAUCUCAACUUCCUUCUAUUCAUGGAUCCUUGACUCCUCCUCUAGAGAACCUGGAGAACCUGACACAGCUUCAGAGAGAGUUAGAAUUAGAUCUCAUAAACAGAGGAUUAAUCACACCUAGUCCGAUACUAGAUAAGGCUGGGGGGAUGGAGGCUGAGCUACCAAUGCUAGAAAACGAGGAUAGCAAUGAAUUGCCGGACCCAGCGAAACAUACUUCCUUUAUGGCAGAAGUGCUCGGAGAAGAAAAGUGCUCCCUAUACUCCCAAGAUCGGGAAACUAGAAGCCAGGAGAUAAACAGAAUAGCUCUUCAAGAGUUCAGAUCAGAGAACGAUGUUAUUGUUGGGGAACCUCUCAAUCCCUCCGGUUCUAGCAGUAUCGGAGGAAAAGCUUCCUCCAACUCUAGUUUCGGAGGACGUCCCCAGACCAAGCGCCAGAUCUGCUCUAGUAGUAGUAGUAGUGAAGCUAUGAGGAGUGUGAAGAGACGACGUAUUAACGUAAUAGAGAGUGAGAGUGAGGAGAGCAAUGAUGCUCAGAAUCAGAUACAGGAUAUCCAAACACAACAUACACCCAAGGUUGUUGAUAAACUGCCAAAAGCUGGAGGAACUGGUUCCCGAACCAAGUUUGAAAACACUUUCAAGGAUCUGAAUGAGUCCCUGGACAUCGAGGAUUCUCAGGACACAAACAACAAGGAAUCAAGGAGUGGGAGAAAGACGGGGCGAAGAAACAUUACUCGUACUCCCUUGGUUGAAGUUUUAAAUACUAACAAAUUGGAUCGGAAACAGGAGAGCAGAACCCCUAAAAGUAAGUUUGAACAGGAGAGCAGAUCCCCUAAAAGCAAGUUUGAACAGGAUAGCAGAACCCCUAAAACCAAGUUUGAACAGGAGAGCAGAACCCCUAAAAGCAAGUUUGAACAGGAGAGCAGAGCCCCUAAAACCAAGGUUGAACAGGAGAGCAGAACUCCUAAAAGCAAGUUCGGACAGGAGAGCAGAAUCGUCCAAAGCAGACGUGACCAGGAAACCAUCAAAAAUCAUGGCGAUAUGGAAGAAAACUCCGUUUUUCAUUCAGAAUUGGAGUUUGAACCUCUGAUUCCACCAGCAGAGACCAACACGCAGUCCAUCUCACUUCUCUCCGAUCCUUCUGGAAGGAAAAAAAGAAGUCUUAAAGCAAAUCCAGGCGAGACAGAAAGAUAUGCGGCAAGUGACGGAAGUGAAACUGAAAAUAACAAUACUCAGGAGCUACAGACUGCACUGACAGGAGCAGUGGGUACAUUGAAAUCUAUGAAGGAAAACUUCCAUCAGAGUUUACAGGUACUAGGCAGUCCUAACCAGACUGUGAAUGAGAAAACUCCUGGAAGUAUGAUGAUUCAAAUAGAAACUGAUCAAGUUGACACUGUAGAUGAUACUCCAGCAGCUGUAGCUGAUCUUGAUGCUGAUACUCCUGGAGUUAGCGAAGAUGAUGAUGACAUGUUCUCAGCUACACCUGAUGAGCCAAGCAGAUUGCCGCUGAAGAUUAUGAGGGAACCAGGACUAACAAUGGUUGAGGAGGAGGAGCUAGAACCUGGAAACAAGGAAACAGAAUCAGGAUGGAAAACAUGUCAAGUCGGAGAGACCGAAGAGAUUAGUUCAGCUCCAGUGGAUUCCAAUGAGCCCGGGAUCGAAGUCCCAGACACUGAAGAUAUUCUAGGAGAAGAGUUCAUGCAAGAAGUCCUAAAUGCGGAGUUUAAGAACGGAGAAGAUGUUGAGAAGACUAGCUCAAACUAUUUAUCCCAGGUGAACUCUAAAAAGAAGAGUCCUGAGAAACCAGUUUACCAGGCUGACACGUCAAGCUGGAAUUUUGUACUCUCUAAUAUAUCUCAGCAGGAUAGGCCUACAGUUAACAAGUUUUUAUCUCUAUACUCUAUGAACCCUGUAUCUAGUAGCGUGGAUAAGAGAACUACUCAUAUAAUUGUCAACACUGAUGAGGAUCUUUUGGCUCAAAGAACUUUAAAGUAUUUACAGGGCGUAUGCCGAGGAUUAACUAUAGUCUCCCAUCUCUGGUGUGAGAAAAGUAUAGACGAAGGAAGACUACUGGAUCCACUGAACUUUGAGGUGCUAGACGCUGAGUUGAAGGGUGCUAAUGGUCCCUACAGGUCCAGAAUGUCCAGGGUUGAGAGAAGACCUCCUGUACUUCAGGGUUGGGAGGUCAUGGUAUUUGGAGAGAUUGAUACCAUUCCUCAGUCUGCUCUCAUUGAACUCAUCACACUUCUCGGAGCAAGAUAUGUUGAGGAUGUGAAGAACUUCUCAUACAACAGGAACAAUCCUAGGAUCUGUAUUGUGGACUCAAUAGUAGAGAUUGAUGAGAAGCAGGCACGUCGGUGUAUAAAAGCACGGCACACCUUGAUGGUAGACAAAGAGUGGUUACUAGAAACCAUUGGUGGAUGGGAGAUUAGACCUGUGUUGGCCCACGCUUCAUUCGGGAUACUAGCUGCGGAUAUUGAAGGUCUGGGAUAUCCAGCUAAUUUUAUUGGAGAACCUAGUAAUAGCGGAUAUGUGUAGUGGAUAUCGAUGAGGAAUUCCUGUAGCGGAUUCUCUAACAAAUGUGAUUAAAAAUCACAAUAAUAAAGUUAUGUCUAUUGUGUACUACUUUGUCUAUUGGAGAACCUAGUAAUAGCGGAUAUAUCUGAUGUGAUUUCAAAUGUAUUCUUUGUGCAAUCAUAUUCAGCGAGUAUUUACUUAAUUUUUCUGAUUGCCGCUUUUUGAUUCUCUACAAAUGUGAUAGAAAAUUACAAUAAUAAAGUUAUGUCUAUUGUAUACUA